CCGUCGCUGUGGCAGUCCAGGCCAUGGCGCUGCUGCUGGCGCUCCUGCUGUUGCUGCUGCGCGUGGGUCCCGCCCACGCCGCCGCCGUGCGUCUCGCCGCCGCUCACCGCGAAGACAACAUUGCGCUCGCCUGCAGCCUCGCUUGCCCACUACAGAAUGAUACUGAAGGAGAUUUCGAUGUUGGAUGCGGGAGUAUAUGCAAAAUAGAACAGUGUUCAAGAGGAUGCUCAUCAUGGCAACAGGCUCUCGAAUCAUCCUGUCAGACCAUUUGUAAUGGCACUCAGACCUUGUUGCCGCCAAAGCAGCUUUACUGUUUCAUUGGUUGCAAUGAUGCGCUUAGUCGCUAUUUUCAGUUAUUAAAAGAGAAUUUGGGACAAUUGCCUGCUCCUGCCCUUGUGGCAGACUCACUAACUGCAACAUCCCUGCGACUUGAUUGGGAUGGUCCACAGCCUCCAAAUGCAAGUAUCUUCGUGCAGUCGUUUAUUGAGGGCUCUUCAGCUCUGCAGUCCUGGCACUACUGUCAGAAUCAGACAUGGAUCUCUCCCUCUACCAUUUCAGUAGAAGGCCUCACACCAUACACCAAGUACAGAUUUCGGAUUGCACUUCUUCUAUCACCUCACUUUAGUGAGCCAGUGACAUCAGAACCAAGUGUGGUCAUCAGUACACUCCCAGCUGGUGUACCAUCAUCACCGCCACAAAUUGUGAGAGCAACAGCUGUUGACAGUAGCCGCAUCUCUGUGUCAUGGCAGCCCGGUCCCUUUCCCAAUGGACCUGUCUUGUCUUAUGUGUUACAUAUCAGCGAAGUGCUAGGGGGCUAUUCUGCCCUCAAGGAUGUGCCUGCAUCAGAACAGACUGGAUCAUAUAUGUUUACAAAUGUUGAGGCAAACAAGACAUACAGUUUAUCUGUCGCAAUGAGAAACUCUGUUGGUCAAGGACCUUCAGUUUCCACUUUUGUAACGACUCCUCCAGAGCAGAAAGUAAAUGACAGCAGCACAACAGUGCAGCCAGUACUUAUUCUUGCAGCUGAAGAUGCUAUUAUAAGGCAGUCAAGGGAUAUGGUGGAUGAACCUGUUGUCAUUUAUAAGACAAAAGAGAAAAUUAAGGGGAUAGCAGUUCACACAUGGAAGAGACUGCUGUUUGUGUCUGAUUCUGAAGGCUAUGUUUUGAGGACAUCGAUUUCUCAUUAUGAUUCACCAGUUACUAUUCUAACUCAUGCUCAUACAGGCUUUAUGCCGUGGGAUCUGAGUGUGGACUGGCUAAAUGAUCAGUUGUACAUGCUUGCAGAGAUAUCAGACUCACCAAGAAAACGAUGGCAAAUUGCACGGUGCAGUUUGGAUGGUCGAAGCCUUACCAUUGCAGUUGCUGGCUUUUUUACUAAACCACAUCAUAUUGAAGUUGAUCCUUACAAUGGAUAUUUAUUCUGGGUGAUAAAAGGUACUUCAAAAUCUGGAUUGUACCGAUUAGAUCUUGCUAAUAUCAGCAAUGGAGUUAAACAUGAAACACGGCCUGACAUUAUUCUAGAGGAUCAUUACUUGGGGGCUUUCACAGUUGACCACACUAAUUUCCAUUUGUUGGUGGCAAAUAAAACUCAAAACACAGUUACAUCUGUAAGGAUAGACGGGCAUGAAGUGUACGAUUUUCGCUACAACACCCAACAGCCAAUGUUUCAAGAUGUGGUGUCACUUGCUCGGGCAAAUGGCUUAUUCUACUGGACCAAUGGAGUUCAAAUAUUUUCUGAAGAGUAUCAUAGAGAGACAAAUAGUUAUUAUCAUUUUGCGUUUCCUGAAGUGGAUCACAGAUAUGUUGCUGUCUGUGUGGACUUACCAUCUACACAACCAAUGCCAGUUCCAGUAAAUCCACCUACAAAUGUUCAAGCCGUUUUAGGUACAGAUAUUGCAAAAGUGUCCUGGCAGGCACCACAUCUGCUUGGAGGACAAGGGAAAGGAGCAUGGCAGAAUUGGUCAUAUGAACUCCAUAUUGAAGAUGUAGUCCGUAAUGUAACAAUAUUCAAGCAAGGAAUUAACACUACUUCCUGUACUGUUCAAAAUUUAGUGGGAAAUAGCAAAUACAUUAUCAAAACUGCCGCCUACACUAGUGCUGGAAAAGGUCCUUGGUCAUCAGAGUUUAAAGGGAAGACACUGAAAUCUCGCACUGAUGGGAAAUACCCAUCGGUAAUCUGGUCUGCUGCAGAGGGAUUGCUAAAAUCAGAUAUUAUGGGUGAAAAUGUAGAGACUUUGGUACACAAAUCAAAUUUGAAGGAUGAACAUGGUGAAUAUCACAUCACAGACAUUGCUUGGUAUGAUGAUAAACUGUACUUAGUUACAAAUACAACUCAUGUUUAUUGGUUCAAUUUAACAAGUCAUAAGAGAGGAAAAAUAAAAGAAAUUGAUUCUGUUGGGAGUAUUGCUGUAGACUGGUUGGGAAAAAAGUUAUAUUGGUCCAGUCCUAAACAGCAGUUGAUCAUUAGAGGAAACCUGAAUGGUACUCACCAGGAACCAUUACGAAUUCUUACAGUAGCAAAGGAGCUAAAUAUUGAUUCUGUUCAUGCGUACAUUUAUUGGUCAACAGGUCAUUCUGUUGAAUGUUCCAGGCUCAAUGGUGAAGACAGGCAUUCAUAUUAUCCUGCAGAACUCUUUUCUGGAAAACAAGUUAUGGGCUUAACUCUGGAUAUGGAUCAGCAAUUGGUGUUUUGGAUAGUGAGAAGCUAUGAAGGUUCAAAAUUGUUUCGAGCUCCAAUGGCAAGUGAUGUAAGGACUAAUAUUGAUAGCUUGGAAAUUGUGACAUCAGAGUUACAACAUCCAAAUAUGCAGGGACCACUUUGUUACUUUAGUAAUCGCCUAUUGUGGCUUCAAGAUGAUAGAAAUGCAGUUAUUGGUGAUAUGAAUGGUCAAAAUGCUGCAGUAAUUAGAGGAAUGAGUAUUUCUGGACUCAACAUGGUGGCUGUAUUUGAUCCUUCUUUGCAUUAUUAUCCUGAUCUUGACUGUUGUGAUGAAGUAACAGUGAUUCCAUCACCUAUCAAUACAUCAUCAAUAAGAAUUAAUGGCACAUGGAAGUCAUUUGCCAUAGUUUGGGAUCAUGUUUCAAAUGUGAACUAUGGAAAGGUUUUCUAUGAAAUUAAAAUCAAUGAUUUCAUUAAAGUUGUAGAUGUCCCAUACCUUAUGUAUGAGAUACCUGAACUUCUGGCACCAUAUUCUCAACUGUUUAUUGUGAUCAAUGCCUUCACAUAUUGGGGAACAUCUCCUCGAGCUGAGAAGAGGCUAUACUCACCACCAUCAGUUCCAUCAGUUCCAACAAAUCCUCGUGUGUUUGUGAUGUAUGAGAGAAAUCCUGUAAAAGUGAAUCAUAAUUUUAUGGCAGUUUUCCGUUGGGAUCCUCCAGAAAAUCCAAAUGGCAUCAUACAAGGUUACAUUAUACGGGCAUGGUACAUAUUGGAUAAUUCUUCAACCCACACAUUUAUGUCAACAGAAGUGGGGUCCAAAGUAGGAGAAUAUAAAGUUUACAAUCUACUGAAACACACAACAUAUUACUUUCAGGUAGAAGCUUAUACAGAGGUAGGCAAUGGAAUUGCAACGGAUCCUGUGAAAGCUGAUGGUGACAUAGAGACGCCAGUUCCUAAAUUGUUGUUGUCAACUGUGGAUGCUGUAAAAAUAUCUGACUGUGAUAAACAUGAAAAUGAAACCCUUUCAAGGAGUGGUGGCCCACCUAUUGAUUUAGCAUUUAUUAGCAAUGAAAACAAAAUAUUCUGGUUGAAUGAAAUUCAAGAGCUCUACUGGUCAACAGCUGAAGGAAAAAAUAGAACAAAGCUUCUGAUGCUAAAUGGAACUGGUACAAGUAUUACCAUUGACUGGGUUUCACGACAUCUCUACUGGUCAGAGAUAGACGAUAAGAGUAUUGGAUCUUCAAUAUAUACCUUAGACCUGAAUCAGGCUGAGAAAGGUAUUGUCCAACCAAGAAGAGUUGUAAGAAGGCAGAGAAUUGUGCUGAAGAUUGAUGUUCUACCAUCAAAAAGUUCACUCUACUGGAUUGAGAUUAACAGGAGUUCUGUCAGCAGUCUCAUGAGAAGUCGAGUAGAUGGAACCCAUGUUGAACCAUUCUUUUCAGUGAAUAAAAAGAGAAGGAGGAGGCAGAAUUUUCGGAGUGAUUACUGUAACUGUUCUGGUAAUCCUGUUCUGGGGAAAGCAAUGACAGUUGAUCCAGCAGACUUCAUAAAUCCAAAAAUAUUUUGGGUAGAUGGUUGGCAAAACCAGAUAUUUACAUCAGAUAUUGAUGGCUGUAAUUGCACAGUAGUUGUGAAUGCCACACAUAGAAAAGCAGGACUGCCACCAACAUCAUUGACUGUGGAUCAUAAGUUUGUAUACUGGUCUAAUGCAACUGAAGGGCGAGUGUACUCUGCUGUUAAAGAUUUGGAUGAUUUGACAAGGGCAGCUACAACUGACAAAGUAAAAUCAGUCGAUAUGUUUGGUGUCCAGCAAAUAAUUGCCCUUGGAUCUCAUUUGCAACCAUUUCCAUCUCCAGAAUGUUUAGUUCCCAUGCAAACAAUGCACAUGGUGAAGUUAAUUAAUAGUACAGAUAAAACACUGAAGUUAGAACUCCCAAAGCCAGACAGAUACCCUCAUUGUGAAAAUAUCUCUCUGGCAACAAUUGAAUACACAGUAUACUACGGACUGGUGACUGAUGAUGGAACCUCCGAUUGCAGAAAACAUUUAUCUCGUUGUUGGAAAGUGGUCACUUUUAACAGAAUAAUAACAAUUUCAAAUCUGAAACCAUACUCCAAAUAUGUUUUUAUAUUAGAACUGAAGAACUACUACAGUGAAAUGGAAGGAGUUAAUCAUAUAGUAGGUGCACCAAGAGAACUGAGAACAGCAGCAGGUGCUCCAUCUCCACCACAGAAUGUUACAGUCAUUGUUAUAAAUCCAACAAAGGUUAAGGUGCAAUGGCUAUCACCAAAAGAACUGAAUGGCCAGUAUGUUUUGUAUGAACUGCACUGGCGAACAGAAGGUAUGGUUGCAGGAGUCCGACCCAAAGCACAACCAGUUCGUGGAAAUAAACAGCAUGAGUCAACAGAAUUUCAUUCAGCUGAUUUAGCUUCACUUUUACCAGGACACAGUUACAUUGUUUGGGUUCGUGCUUACUCAACAAGUGCGCUGUCAUACAGUGAGAGUGAUACCACAGAAGUGAGAAUGUUCCCAGAACCUGACAAUAUUACACUCAUUGAUCGAAGUCCGUAUCAUCUGAAUUUAUCGUGGAGUUCCACAAGUGAUGUCACCAGCUUUGAACUCCUUUGCUUUGAGGCUUCAACUGAGACUCUCAUAAAAAAUGUAUCAUUUAUUAAUAAUGAAGAGGAGGAAUAUGUUUAUGCUCUGAGUGACCUAAAGCCUAAAAGACGAUACAUGUUCAAACUGGCUUUAUUUUAUCCAACAUCAGAAGAAUUCUACCUGUGGCCUCCAGAUGGAAGAUUUGUAUUUGAAACAUUAGGGGAUCGACCUGGGCUGCCAGGAACACCUUCAGUGACAAAUUUGCAAAAAGGUGUGUACAGAGUGAUGUGGACACCAUCUGAUAGCAAUGGAGCCCAGCUAGAACUCUAUAGUCUUGAGGUGAAAGUGGAUGGACCCAAACAUGACCAGAUAGACAUGAAUUCUACCCAUGAACACGAUGAUACUGCACUGGAGGAAUGGGUUACACAGUACAAUGGAAGUGACAAUUAUUGGAUUAUUUCGGACCUUAGUCCAAGUUUUAGAUAUGUAUUCCGUGUUCGUUCAAAGAAUGUAUAUGGAUGGAGUGAAUACAGUGAAGUGAGUGAACCAUUUGACUUGGCAGAGGCAGCAAUGCUUGCAAAUGAACCAGAUACUGGACUUGUGCUUGGGAUAUCAAUUCCUGUGGCUUUACUAUGUAUUACUGCUAUUGUCAUAUUAAUAACUGUAUGUGUCUUGCGACGUCAAGUGAAGGAAAAGAAACAUCUUCAAGCUGCAGCAUAUCCAAGCAAUCGACGUCUUGAUGUUGAGCUAGCAACCCUAAGAGAGCUACCUCGAAGAGGGAAUUUUAUUCAGAACAGUAAUGCUCUGUAUUCAGCAAAUUACAUUCCAACUGAAGAGGAUCUUGCACUUUUGCCUCAUAUCAGAAGAGAUCAAAUUACGCUUACAAAGUUUUUGGGGAGUGGUGCAUUUGGAGAAGUUUUUGAAGGGAAUGCAAAAGACUUGGAAAACUCAGGAGGAAUUAUAACAAGAAUUGCUAUUAAGACAUUGCGGAAAGGAGCUAAUGAAGAAGAGAAAGCAGAAUUUUUGAAAGAAGCACAACUGAUGAGCAAUUUUAAGCAUGAUCAUAUUCUACAGCUCUUGGGCGUAUGCUUAGACAAUGAUCCUAAUUUUAUCAUCAUGGAAUUAAUGGAAUGUGGUGACCUGUUGAGCUACCUUAGGAACAGUCGAUCCAAUAUUCAUUCAAGCAAUGCUCUUACAUUGUUUGACCUGAUUGCCAUGUGUGUUGACGUGGCAAAGGGAUGCAGAUAUUUAGAAGAGAUGCAUUUUGUUCAUCGAGAUCUUGCUUGCCGCAACUGCCUUGUAUCAUCUAAUGAUCCUCAAACAAGAAUUGUAAAAAUUGGUGAUUUUGGUCUUGCAAGAGAUAUAUACAAGAACGAUUAUUAUCGGAAAGAGGGCGAAGGUCUGUUGCCUGUUCGGUGGAUGGCACCAGAGUCCUUAGUGGAUGGUGUGUUCACGACUCAGUCUGAUGUCUGGUCUUUUGGUGUACUGACAUGGGAAAUAAUGACUUUUGGUCAACAGCCAUAUCCAGCAAGAACAAACCUGGAAGUGCUACAUUAUGUGAGAAAUGGUGGACGACUUGGAAGACCUAACAGCUGUCCUGAUGAAUUGCAUGACCUUAUGCAGAAAACAUUUAGCUACAGUGCAGAAAGUAGACCCACUUUUAAAUUCUGUUUGGAAGUUCUGGAGAAUUUGAAAACACGGAUCAGAGAUACUAGUGCUGCUGUUCCUAUGGGCCACUAUGUGACAAGGCUUCAGAAUGGUGGAAUUGAUAACCAUGGCUUCUUUGAAGAUGAAAGGCAUACCAACAAUUCAGGUGGUUCAUGGAAGACAGUGAAUGAAGCUGAUGGCACAAAUCAAAUCCCAUUUUUUGGUAUAUUAGGAGAAAAUCAAAUGAUGUCCAUGGCAAAUGAGCAUGUUGGAGACAUUGAUAUUCCAAAGUACCUUGAACUAAUUUGUGAAUCUUCCCACAUAUCACAAGUUCCAGUGAGUGAUGGUUAUGAGGUGCCACGGCCUGCCCCUAUGGCACCAAGUACAACCACAAAAAUUCUUGAAGCUGUUGGCAGGAGUCGAACACUGUCCACAUCUUCAACACUCAGUGACUCUAGUGUUUCAACCACUUCUUCAUGUCAACGUGAUCCACUUCCCUUGCAAAAAAGUAAUAGUAUUGGUGACUGCAAUGACAGUAUUACUAGCAGCAGCAAUAAUAGUAGUAAUAUGAGGUUUAAUGUUGUGGAGACAUUGCCUGAUGUUGUUGAAUCAUUACCUGAUAUUGUGCAAGAUAAUGAUUUGAAUGGCAGUCAGUUUUACUACCCCACAAUAACUAAGAAGAAUGGUGAAAGUGAACUAACUUCUCUUGAACAUUUGUUACCUCCAGCUGUGGCUUUUAGUCAAAUAUUGGUUAAUAAUGCUGACUUAAUAGACAGGCAUGUGAACAGCCAUGUUGGAAAUAAUUCAGAACUGUCAUGUUACAGUAAUGUUGGUAAUGAGUGUGUAUUGGAAGAGAAACCUAAUGUAAAUACAUACAAUCUCUGCAAUGGCAACAUUUGUGUUCCAUUUACAGAAAAAAGUCUGAAAAAAUCUGAAAAGAGUGUGGUUCAGAAUUAAUCAUAUUAAAAUAUGAAGAUAUUGAUUAGUUCAUGUGUGUGUGUGUGUGUGUGUGUGUGUGUGUGUGUGUGUGGGAGAAAGAGAGAGAGAGAGAGAGAGAGAGAGAGUUCUUGGAGUAAUUUAAAUUAUUUGUGAAUGUUAAAGUACAACAAUCAGUGAAAUCUAGUUCUCCUGCCAUUAUUCCUGUACAGAUGUUUAUUUUUUAAAUGAGAUAUCCAUUUUUUAUCAUUUGUACAUAAAAUCAUAUUUCAUAUUGAAACAUUGUGAAUAAUUUUUAAGCUUUGUUUAUAUAUUUUCAAUUUAAUAAUGACUGAUGCUGCGUUAAAGUUAUUUUUUAGUGAAAUCUGUUGCAAAAUUAAGUGUAAAGUAAAGGAUGGGUUUAACUUUUUUAGGUUCUUUAUUGCAUUCUGCAAUUCACUGAUCAGAGUAAUGUUUCUGAGGUAAAUAUUCCCCUUGGUUUUCCACUCUGUGAACCACUGUUUAUCUUCAUAGUUAUUGUGUUUAACUCUCAAGUAUCUAAUCUCUAGUCCAUACUGUAAAGAUGCAAGAAAAUGUGAAGUCCUACGUUAAAUGUGUAAUAAGAAUCAUGCAGGCGAAAACAAAAGUUCACUAUUUCGUGAUAAUUCAGUGGUCACUUUCCAAGGUGUUAGGUAUUAGAAAAACUAGAUGUGAGGUAGAAGGAGAAAGUUGUAAGGGCACAGCUAAGCUGUAGUCAUAUUCUGAAGGAUGUAUUGUGAAUACACUGUGCAUUAUCUUGUUGCUAAAACUGUUCUUGCCAUCAAAGCAGCCAGUAAUAACAGGAAUUAAUUCAUCCCCUCCACAAACAUGCACACACAGCAUUGUAAUUAGCUUGUAUACACACUUAGGAGCAAAAAUGUAAGUACUCAAGAAAGAUGGAGGGGAAAGGGAUAAUGUACAGAACCUGUGUGAGUAAAUUAGAUCUUAUCCAAAAAAAAUAAUGAAUAAAGUCAGGUGUGAUAUCCA